AUGGUUACGACAAGAGUUUUAGCGGAAGAACCACCGGUUAAAGUGACGGCAAAUGAGGUGACUCUUGCGGCGGAGGCUGCCGCCUCGAGUUUCAAAGCCAGCGCCGGAGAGGCUGCUCAAGGGGCCAAGACAUGGGCUGAUUGGGCAACUAACAAAAUCAGGCAUCCUGGCGGAGAUUUUGAGAAAACACCCGAUUCAGAGUAA